UUGAUUUAGCUGCUCUAUCGGGACUGCAUUGGCCACCAUUCUCUCUCUCUGCCGACGUCCUGUACGUCUCGCUCGUUUUACGAGUCUAAAUCCACUCCACGUCCGCGCCCGCACCAUGGCGAACGCCUCCGCGAACACCAUCGAGCUCGCCCAGACCGGCAAACGCGACGAGCUCCGCGAGCUCGAGCUCAAGUACCAAGCCAGGUGGGAGAAGGAGCGGCUCUUCGAGGUCGAGGCACCGUCCCCGGAGGAGCUCAGCGGCCUCACCCCGGCGCAGAUCAAGGAGCAGUAUCCCAAGUGGUUCGGGAACUUCCCCUACCCGUACACGAACGGCUCUCUCCAUCUCGGACACGCCUUCACCAUCUCAAAAAUCGAGUUCGCGGCGGGAUACCAUCGGAUGGUGGGGAAGCGGGUGUUGUUUCCGCACGGGUUCCACUGUACGGGCAUGCCGAUCAAGGCUGCGGCAGACAAAAUCGAACGCGAGAUCGAGAUGUUCGGUGAAAACUUUGAGCGCUUCGUCCCCGACGAGGAGCCUACCCCCGCCGCGCCCGCGACGACGUCAGAUGGCUCCGCGAAAGCCGUUGACAAGGGGAAGAAGGGCAAGGUGGCGGCGAAGGCGACCGGGCUGCAAUACCAGUUCCAGAUCAUGGAGUCGAUGGGCGUGCCUCGGGAGGAGAUCAAGAAGUUUGCGGACCCGUACUACUGGUUGAAGUACUACCCCCCAAUCUGCAUCGAAGACAACAAGCUGUUCGGGUCGAGGAUAGACUGGCGCCGGUCAUUCAUCACGACUGUCGCGAACCCCUACUACGAUGCGUUCGUCCGGUGGCAGACCAACAAGCUGUAUAAGCUGGGAAAGAUCAAGUUCGGCGAGCGAUACACUGUCUACAGUCCAAAAGAUGGCCAGCCGUGUAUGGACCACGAUCGCUCCGAGGGCGAGGCCCUGGGACCGACGGAGUACACGGGCAUCAAGAUGGAGGUCGUCAGUUUUCCCGAGGCUGCUGAGAAGAUGAUCCGGGAGAAGGUCGGGAGCCGGAAGGUGUUCUUGGUCGCCGCUACCCUGAGACCGGAGACGAUGUACGGCCAGACGAACUGCUUCGUCGGCACGCAGAUCAAGUACGGCGUUUUCGGCAUCAACGACAAGGAGGCGUACGUCUGCACCUACCGCGCGGCGCGCAACAUGGCCUUCCAGGGUAUCACCGCCGUCCGCGGCGAGGUCAACCAGCUCGCGGAGAUCGAGGGCUCGCUGCUCGUCGGCACGAAAAUCAAGGCGCCCCUCUCCGUCAACCCGGAAGUGUACGUGCUCCCCAUGGAGAACGUCCUCCCGACGAAGGGCACGGGUGUCGUCACCUCCGUCCCCUCCGACUCCCCGGACGACUUCCAGACGCUGACCGACCUCCGCAAAAAGCCUGAAUUCUACAAGGUCGAUCCCUCCUGGAUGCAGUAUGACCCGGUGCCGGUGAUCUCGACGCCGACGUACGGAGAGAUGACGGCGCCAGCGGUGAUCAAGCAGCUUAAGAUCCAGAGCCAGAAGGACACGAAGCAGCUCGCGGAGGCGAAGGAGAUCGCGUACAAGGAGGGCUUCUACAACGGGACGAUGCUGGUGGGCGAGUUCAAGGGCCUAGCGGUGCAGGAGGCGAAGCCGCGGGUGCGCGAGCAGCUGAUCUCGUCUGGGUUGGCGUUCGCGUACGCGGAGCCCGAGGGGCUGAUCAUCUCGCGGAGCUCGGACGAGUGUGUGAUCGCGCUGAUGGACCAGUGGUACUUGGACUACGGCGAGCCUUCGUGGAGGGCGCAGGCUGAGAAGCUCGUUGCGAAGAUGGAGACCUAUAAUGCCGAGACCCGCAACGCGUUCGAGGGCGUCCUGGCUUGGCUGAACAAGUGGGCAUGCGCGCGUACGUACGGUCUCGGCUCGAAGAUUCCCUGGGACCCCACCUUCUUGGUUGAGAGUCUGAGCGACUCGACGAUCUACAUGGCGUACUACACCAUCGCCCACCAUCUGCACAGCAAGCUCGACGGCAGCGAACCCGGUGACCUCGGCAUCACCGCCGACCAAAUGACUGACGAGGUCUGGGACUACGUUCUCAAUGGCGGGCCCUUCCCCAACCCCGCGCCCUUGCCCAAGGAGAAGGCGGACCGGCUUAAGCACGACUUCAACUACUUCUAUCCCUUCGACGUGCGCUCGUCAGGCAAGGACCUGAUCCCGAAUCACCUCACGUUCUGCGUGUACAUCCACGCGGCGCUCUUCCCCGAGGAGAAGUGGCCGCUGAGCAUGCGCACGAACGGUCACCUGAUGGUCAACGGGCAGAAGAUGUCGAAGAGCAAAGGCAACUCGAUGACGAUGCGCCAAUGUAUCGAGAAGUUCGGCGCGGACGCGACGCGGCUGUGCUUGGCGGACGCGGGCGAUGGCAUUGAGGACGCGAACUUUGACGAGAAGACGGCGAACGCGAACAUCUUGCGUCUGCAUACGCUCAUCGCGUGGUGUGAUGAACAAAUCAAGAACAAGGGUCAGCUGCGCACGGGCGAGAAGAAUUACCACGACCUGGUCUUCGAGCAUGAGGUCAACGACCUGAACAUCAAGACUAAGCAGUUCUAUGCCGACAUGACCUACAAGGACGCCUUGAAAUAUGGCUUCUAUGAGCUCCAGUCAACACGCGAUUGGUACCGUGAGGUCACUGCCGACGUCGGUAUGCAUGCCGACCUUGUCGAGUGGUGGAUCCGUACCGCCGCUCUUCUCGCCCUCCCCGUGGCGCCCCACUUCGCCGAACACGUCUGGAGCACGAUUCUAAAAGAGCCCAAGUCCGUCCAACUUGCGCAGUGGCCAGCAGUCACGCGCCCCGUCGACCAGACCGUCCUCGACUCGGCCGUGUACAUGCGCGGAACGAUCAAGACGAUGCGCGACGCGGAGCUCUCGCUGCUCAAGAAGAUGAACAAGGGCAAGCAGGGCCAGGCGACGUACGACCCCAAGCGGCCCCGCGCGGUCCGCAUCUACGUCUCAACGGCGUUCCCCGAGUGGCAGGAGACGUGCGUGCAGAUCGUCAAGGACGCGUACUCGCCCGAGCAUGACAAGGUCGACGAUGCCAAGGUGCGCGAGCUUCUGACACAACGCGGCUUGAUCAAGGACAAGCGCGCGAUGCCGUUCGUGCAAGCGUUCAAGAAACGCAUGCAACAAUUCGGCACGCAGACCGCCUUCAACCGCACGGUGCCGUUCUCGGAGGUCAAGAUCCUUCACGAGAUCUUGCCGUACCUGAAGCGGACAUUGAAUCUGACCGACGCGGAGGUCCUCUUGGUAGACGACGCGAAGUCAAAAGACCUGUCAACCCUCACAAAGGGGCUCGUCGAGAGCGCAGAACCCGGGAACCCAGCUUUCGAAUACUACAACGUAUAGGGACCCAAUAGUCGCUUGCAAUUGCUUUCAGUAGAUUAGAAUACAAAGGUGCAGCCCUCUUUUCCACAUGUGCAAUAGAUUCUCGUUCGCAAAUGAUACAGUUGAUCUGGCGCUUAUUGUACAAGAUUUCGUACUCUUUCGGAUUCAGCUUGUCCUCCCCCUCUCGGAAAUCGCCCCCUCAACUCGAACGACGGUGGGUAGGAGCCUGGCGGAGCUCGAGAUCCUGUAGAUUUAAAGUACGAGAGGUCAACACGCCGUGUAUUUC